GCUCCCCUCUCGGCCCGCACACUUUACGUCGUGCAUUUUACACGGUCUCUCCAUGCAUCUCGAUCAGGCAGCCGCCGGUCGCUUAGCCAACUGAAGCAGAGGGAGGGAUGACUCUGAAGAGUUAAAAUGUCUCAUCGCGCUCUUCGGGGGAGAUGGAGGCGCCAGGGCUUCCAGUGCCUUCAGACAGUCUUUGCAUCAACAAACCAUCUCCAUCACCAGUCAAUCCUCCCACAGUCUCUCCAACAAAAAGUGAUGAAAUCACCAUCGCUCAGCGAGAAGAUUGCCUUCUUCGACCAACUUGAUGCUCUUGACAAUGUGAGCGAUGCGGACGAUGAAGUCGAUGAGAAGGAGCAAGACCAUCGAAACAAGUGUCAAGCCUUUUUCAACUCACGAAAACGGAAGAAUCCCGAACCAGUUCAAGAGAAGGCCAAUGCCCCUUCCCAUCAACGGAGAACUACAUCAAUGCCUACCCCGGCCGGAGUUACGCCAGGCUCUCGGGUCAUUCAAGCUACUCCUGCGGUUCAGAAAAGGGUGACUAGACAGGCCACAGGAAUUGGGGGGCUCCUCCCAAACACUACUUCAUUUGUUGAAGAGACACCGGUGCCGAACACGACUCGCCCACUGCCUGCAACACUUCGGAGGAGUUCAACAGUCCCACCGCCGAAUUCUUCAUCAACAAUCGAGCAGUCCCCAUCGGCAAGCACCGCGUUGAGGAAGCGGAAGCGGCAGACAUCGACCAAGUCGGUGCCCGAAGCUGCCCAGAUGUUCAGGGGUCUCUCAUUCUAUUACAUUCCAAAUAACGACAUUGCCCCUGCGAGAAAGCUGCGCAUCGGCAAGGCUCAGGAGUACGGUGCUCGAUGGGUGCGGAGCUUGGAGGACGCUAGCUACAUCAUCGUUGACAGGCACCUGGAAUACAAAGACCUCGAGUGCGUGCUCGGUGCCGAGGUUUCGGACUCUGUGGUCAUUGUCAACGAGGAAUAUCCCAUCGACUGCAUCUCCUUCCGCACACUACUCAACCCAGACCAGAAUCGGUACCGGGUAGCAGGCUCCCCCGGAAAAAAAGACAAACUUAUCUCUGACGAAGCGCCGCCUCGCCCAUCCCAGAGUCCCGAUCAUUCGUUGCAAGUGAAAGCACCUCGGAAACCAAGAAGGAAGGACUCGACAGAUCCCCCACCUGGGAAUGAACCAGCAUCUCUCGAUGGCUCUGCGCAAGUUUCACGAGAAAAGUCGGAAGACCAGACCUCGGGGGGGAUCUCUGGCAAUUCGUCCGAGGCUCAGGCCCGCCAAGUUCCUCCAACAAUACAGGACGACGAGUCAUCAGACAAAGCCCCGCAUCCACUUCGUCGAACAUCAAGCGCCAAGGAUGAGCUGUCAGAGUAUAUCGAACUCCUUCAGCAGUACAAGGACCUCCCAUUAGACGUAGGAUCGGAUGACGCCCAGUCGGUCAAGGAUGCUCAAGAGGCAGACACGGGCUCCGAGAUCGAAGAACCGUCAGCGGACGAGCGAGCUCGGAAGAGGACGGCAAAAACGCGCCGCAAAGGCCAAAAAGAAAUCCCCUUCGAUGAGCGCUUCGCCUGCAACCGCGGAGGGACCAAAGACGAGGCCGCCGACGGGACCAACCCCAACGCCAAAACCAUCGAGAUCCUCCAAAGCAUGUGCGACUACUACACGCGCACCAAGGACACCUGGCGCAUCAUGGCCUACCGCAAAGCCAUCGCCACCCUCCGCCGCCAGCCCACCAAGAUCACCACCGAGGACGAAGCCUACCAGCUCCCCAACAUCGGCCGCCGCCUGGCCGCCAAGAUCGAGGAAAUCGCCACCACCAACCGCCUGCGCCGCCUCGAAUCCACCCUCGACAACCCGCUCGACCAGACCCUAGAAACCUUCCUCGGCGUCUACGGCGCCGGCACCGCGAGCGCCCACAAGUGGAUCGCCCAGGGCCACCGCACGCUCGACGACCUCCUGCACAGGGCCGACCUGACCCCCAACCAGCGCCUCGGCGUCGAGCGCUACGCCGACCUCAACACGCGCAUCCCGCGCGCCGAGGUCGCUGCCCUGUUCGAGUGUGUGCGCCGCGAGGCCGGGCGCAUCGAUCCUGCCGUCGAGCUGCUGGUCGGGGGCAGCCAUCGGCGUGGCGCGGACAGCUCGGGGGAUAUCGAUAUCAUUGUCACGCGGAAGGGGACGGCGGCGGCGGCGGAGCUGGUGCCGUUUCUGGGGGAGCUGGUGGAGGUGCUGGAGCGGAAAGGGUUUCUGGUGGCCACGCUGGCUGCGCUGCAUGCGGAUCGCGCGGGGAGGGAUGGGGUGGGGAGUAAGUGGCAUGGGUGUUGUGUGCUUCCGCCCGGGGAGGAGGUUGAGGGGGGUGAGGGUGGUGGUGCCCCGAAAAAGCCGAUCUGGCGGCGGAUUGAUUUCUUGCUGGUGCCGGAGGCGGAGUAUGGCGCGGCGCUGAUUUACUUUACGGGGAAUGACAUCUUCAACCGCAGCCUGCGGCUGCUGGCGUCCAAGAAGGGCAUGCGGCUGAACCAGCGCGGGCUGUACAAGGAGGUGCUGCGCGGCAAGAACAGGGCCAAGAUCACCGAGGGCCAGUUGUUGGAGGGCAGGGACGAGAAGCGCAUCUUUGAGUUGCUUGGGGUGAAAUGGCGCGAGCCGUGGGAGCGGUGGUGCUGAGUUUGGGGGAAGGGACGUAGUGGCGUGUCGGAUACCCUGGUUUGGAGGUAUGGCUCUGAGGGAAUGAACGUAUGUGUAUGUAUUGGAUUGUAUUGGAUCUGGUGUCCUUGGGGAAGCCAAAAAGGGUGAUCGGACAAGGAAGGUUGCGAGGGCGUUUCUUAUUGAGUUUGCUUGGUUGAACGACUAACCAACACCAUGGGAUGUGACACGGCUC